AUGGAGCGCCAGCAAUCUGUGCGAGGUGCAGCUCGGGCAACCGACGAUCAGCAGCAAUCAACACUUUUCACCGAAUUACGGGCGGAAAUUGCCAAGAUCGACGCGAACGCGGAAACGAUCACGCAGGCGUACCAAGUGCGAAAGUUCGACGAACUGUUCCGGCGGCGCGUCCGGAGCGAGUUAUUAAUCAAUGAUCUCUUUCAGUACUUCAAUGAGGAGGCUCUCUCGGACGAAACGUUUGCUCAACAGCUGGCAAUCGUGUUCGCUACUCGGCAAUUGGGCGACGCCAGGUUACAGACCACGAACCUGCGCAACACGUGGAUUGAAAUACUGGAGAAGAACUUCCUCGGUGCCAAGGCGCUCAAGCAACAGAACGUCCAGCGGUUCUACAACUCGGUAACGCUGCUGGGAAAUUACUACAACCGAAAGAUGGUUGCGCUCGGCAGCAGGAUCGCCAUCCUUGGGGAGUCGCUGAUGUCUUUGCUUAACUCCGAGCUGGAGGCAGAAAUCGACAAAGCAUGCCAUAAUCCGGGUCACCGGAUCGAUCCGGACUUCACAAAGCUUCUGCUGUCGCAGAUUACUCUGAACGGAGCGAUCGGUAAGGUGGACAUGCCGAAAGAAACGAACACUUUGCUGUUCACGAUGCGGAAGGCGUUGAUCGUUGUGCCGAACCUUUGUAUGCAAGCGAAAGCUUUCCUGUUAAUGGCCAUUGAUAUGUACUAUGGCACGCUCGACGAGAAUUUGCUGGACCAGCUGUACACCAAGUACAUCGUGAAACCGGCUGAACCAGCACAUCCUGUGGUUGUAGUAGGCGCUGAAACGUGCGAACCGGUUCAAACGGUUCAAGCCUUACCGCGAGAAGAACCAUCGGUGAUAAACGGAGGCAAACACACGCCGGAAAAUGAAGCUUGUGACACGAAGACGAGGAGGCGAGGUGGUAGAUCGAACCGUGCAGGGGGAGGAGGUGGAAAGGGAAAGUCCCCGGUUCGCACAACGAGCGACAAGGAAAAUAAACGCCGUCCCGUACAGCCAAAGGUUGCGUUGGGAAGGAAAUCUACUGCCCCGGAAUUUGAUGACCGCAACAUUCGAGCGCAAGAGGACACCAACAGAGUGGGUUCAAUCAAGCGUGAAACGCCCACAACACCGACGAAGACUAAUCCUCCCACCCCAAGUCAACCUCGUUCACCCGCCAAAAAAGGACUCUCGCCAAGAAUGGAAAAACUCGCCGUACCACCGAAGAUAACGGUCACCUGUUCGACACCCUCACCAAAGCGCACAAACCAGGAAAAAUCUUCUCCUACGUCACCCCGGGCUGUGCUCGGUCCGUCGAUUGCGAGGCAGAAGCAACAGAUCCCACCAAAUAGUCCAACACCUUCUCGGGAAGGACGACAGACGGGGAAGAAUGGACCUUCUCAGGUUUCCCGUGGCCACCAAUCGACCACAUCCCUGGGAAUGGAAUCGGGAAGGUCGGUGAACAUUCCUAGACUUGAAACGCUUUCACUUAAUGACAGCUCCCGUGGACGCGAUGUAGUGCAAAUGCCCGCGAAACCAGCCACAUCCAUAUGUCCGAAAACUCCCGCAACGGAACCGGAUCGAGCGGCCGGUACGAGCACCUUGCGCACAACGGUACGAGAGCCCAAUGGUCAUUCGAAAGGACACGAAUCCGUCCCUGCGGAGAAACACAAACAAACGCAAGUGUACUUUCAAGAUGAUCACCUGGAUUUCCCCUCCUUUGUAGCGAUGCUUUCUGGUGAGGGCGAUUCGCCUAAGAAAGCGAAUCCCUACACAAAAUCCUUUCUCUCGUUUUUGACGAGCAAGUAA